AUGUCGGUGAGGGAUGUGAAACAAAAGGAGGCAACAGUGGGAUUACUCUCAAGGAAUAAGGAUCUUCUGUUGCAACAUUGCAGAAUUCAUGUGUAUGAAGAUCCUCCGGGGCCACGCAAAGGGGGACUCAGCACAAGACUACCUUCUCAGUUGGGCGUGGGAAAGCUUUUCAUGCCUAUGCCUGUGGCUGGAAAAACACCUGUGCUUCUACUGAACCUGAAGCUGAAGUCUUUGUCACAAGUGGUUGAUGUUCUCUCUCCAGGAAUUCUCAUUACUGCUUGUGAUGACUUGGAAACAUUCAGUAUUGAAAAGCAUGAUCUCCAGUUGCUUCCAGAAUAUCCUUCUGGCUUUGUGGCAUUGGGGCAUCUUUCUCCUCCCAGUAUUGGUGAAGGACACGGAGAACAGGAGUAUGUGUGCACAGACAGUGUAUACUGGUUUGACCAUACAGUUACUAGAGCACUCCUCCCCUUGUGUCCAGCGAUGAAGACUCUCACAACAGAACUCCAGAUUUAUGGAGACUUCUUGGAAUGUCUUGGCACCAGAGAAGACAAGCUAUAUCUCAAGAGCCUCUUUGAUCCUGUGAGGGAUGCUGAAUUAGGUGCAGAAAUUCCUGAAGGAGUUCUUCUGCACACAUUUGCAGUGUCUGCUGGCUUUGUGACUGUGGCCUGCCAUAGGAAGGACAACAUGAAGCUAGAGGUGCCAUAUGAAGAGCGGCAUUCAUUGACAUUCCUCAAUAAGUCUAUUGCAUAUGCAGAACAGAUUCUCACUUACAUUGCUAAUUAG